AUGCCCACGAAAGCCGACCCGGGCCCGACGCCCGGCACGCCUCUGAGCGUGGUGGGGCUCGCGGAUGGCGUCUCCAUCCCCUCCACUGCCUCGGUCGAAGAGGGAAGUCUUGUGGCGAGUUCUCGCUCCUCGGACGUCCCAACCGGCGAGGCCAGUGGGUCGGGCACGAGUAGCGGCCGGGAUGGGGAUGCUGGCCCCGCCAGCCCCAUUGGCAGACCCGGGGGGUCCGAGGCCUUCGGCCGGGGUUCCCCGCCCUCCACCAGCGAAGAGAUCCCCCAUGUCGACGUGGACUUUGUGGUUCGGCGCCUGAGCUGCGGCUCCCUGCCCCUGACGGGGCAGGUUGUGGCCUAUGGGUGGGAGCAGGCCGCCAUGCUCGCCUCCACCUGCAAGGCCAUGCCCAACCAGCUGUUCACGGCCCUCUGGCCCGCCACUGCGGCCUGCCUGGACACCUUCUCCUCCCAGAGCAUCCUGGACAUGCUCACCGCCUGGUCGCUGCUGCAGCAGCGGUGUCCCAGACACUUCCGCCUCUCGAGUCGGGUGGUGGAGAGCAUGGUUCAGAGAGCACUGCCUCCCAUAGUGAAACGAUUGAGGGAUAGCGAACUGGCAGACAUGGCGGAGCUGGCACAGGAGCUCGCAUCCCAAGGAUUAGACCCCGGCGUCGUCUGGUUCGGCCCGUCCUCCAGGGACCUGCUCUGCCCCGUCUUCUCGCUUGUAGCGGUGGAGGCUGCCUGGAGGGACCUUACCCCCGGCUACUGGCUUCACCGCGAUGCUCGAGCCAGGGUCCUGGCAGCCUCCCGGGCUUGGAGCUGGCGAGCGGUGCCCCACCGUGAUUCCGGGGCACUGACCCAGCUGAAGGGAUCGGUGGAAUGCGCCCUGGGUGUGCUGCGACGCGCCGACUCCGCGCUGUGCCCGCCCCCUGCGGGCCAGCCCAUUGCCGACCCUGGUGAGGGCGGCGCGUGA